CAGUAAUCUACUGUCAUUUAUAAUAACGUGAAUGAAUGGAUGAACUACGUUACCCAGGAUGCUCUGCCCGCGCUGUGAUUGGUUCCCGCGGCUGUCACAAGCGCUUACAGGUGACUGGAGAAGAGCGCUGUCACAUCACACAGCGCAGCGAGAAAACAAAUCGCACAUCACACAGGGGAGUGAGUGAGAGAGAGUUCUGCUCAAAUUAUCGAGAAGUUGUAAACUCGGCUCUUUCGCAGUUUCGCUUCCAUAUGAAUGUAGAGGGAACUGAUACCAGCUUGACUUAAAAAUCUGCACAACUGCCGCUCCUGCACCAAAACUACGUCCCAACUUUGUACUUUCUGACCUUCAGCGGUUUUUCAGCCCACUCAUAAGCAGGCACCCAGUCAUGUAGAGAGCAGCGCGUGGAGGACACCCAGAUCACUUUCAGCAAUUUUCAACACAAAGAGACACCCCACCACUCUUCGGGCUGGACUGCGCGGCGACAGCAGCCCGCCCCCCGCGUCCCCCAGCCAUGUCGUCACGCAUCGGCCUGCGCCUGCAGCUCAUGCGGGACCAAAUGCAGCAGGAGGAGCAGCGGGAGCGGCAGCAACAACAAGCAGUAUCAAUGCAUUACAUGCAGCAUCGCAUGCCAGGCCCACCUGAGCCCACGCCAGCCAUCAGUGCACCAACACACUUCCAGGGACCCAUGCAGGUGCCUGUUGAAGUGCUAAAGGUGCAGACCCAUCUUGAGAACCCCACAGACUACCACAUCCGACAGUCCCAGCGGCAGCAGGUCAAGGAGUACCUGUCCACCACAUAUGCCACCAAACAAGCUGUACAUGCUGUCACAAGCUUGGUUCAGCCCUCUCCACCCCCCAUGGUCCAGGCUCAAACCGGAAGCGCCCCACCGAACAUGCACUCUCCAUGCAUGCGCACCGAGCAGCUCAUGAACUCAGCUGGAAACAGUGCGCCCAACAGUCCCAUGGCCAUGCUCAACAUCAGCUCCAGCCACGAGAACGAGAUGGAUGACGUAAUUGAUAACAUCAUCAGCCUACAGUCCAGUUAUGAUGACAUCCAGGCAUACAAUGACCCUGUGGUCCAGAUGCCAAACACGCUCCCAUUGUCCAGCAGUCAUUUGGAUGUGUACACGGGGCCCGGUAUGUCUGGAUCUGCAAUAGCCAUGACCAGCAACUCCUGCCCUGCGAAUCUAGCCAUCAAGAGAGAGCUGUCAGAUGUAGAAGCUCGUGCAAUGGCCAAAGAAAGACAGAAGAAAGACAACCACAACCUGAUUGAAAGGAGGAGAAGGUUUAACAUCAAUGAUCGAAUUAAGGAGCUGGGCACCAUGAUCCCCAAAACCAACGACCUGGAUGUACGCUGGAAUAAAGGCACUAUUCUGAGGGCCUCUGUGGAUUAUAUUAAACGCAUGCAGAAGGAUGUCCAGAGAACCAGAGAGGUGGAGAACAACUUCAGGAGGAUGGAGAUGGCUAACAAACAGCUGUGGCUCCGCAUUCAGGAGCUAGAAAGACAAGCCCAAAUCCACGGCCUCCCCAGCAACUCCCCAUCUGGCCUGACCAACACUGACCACCAAAACCCCUUCAUCAAGCAAGAAAGCAGCCCUGAGGAGAACCACCUCCAGCACCAGUCCCAUCUGCCUCCUCGCUACCCCCAGCAGCACCCUCAGCCUCACCCUCAGCUCCACCAGCACCAGCACCUCCACCCUCAGCCCCCGCUGCAGUACCCAGCCGUGGGCAGCUCUCAGCACUUUGACUUGGCCCAGUCUCUGGACUUGUGCGAUGGAGGCAUCCCAGGAUACCAAGAUGGCCUGGGGGAUCUGGGGUUUCUGGGUGGAGGCAUUGCGCAGAUGGGAAAGAAGAGUGAGCUGAGCUUCUUGCUGAUGGAAGAGGCUCUGUCUCCGCUGGGUGGAGACCCACUGCUGUCCGCCAUGUCGCCCGAAGCAUCGGUAGACAGCAGCCGGCGUAGCAGCUUUAGCAUUGAGGACUCGGAUAUACAGUGAACUGGAUGUGCAUUUAAUACACACACACACACACACACACAUACACACUCAUACUGCAUUUAGUUUGGCAUGUUGAGAAAAGCCAUGAUAAUGAUUUAUUAGGAAGGUAGAGAUGUUGGUAACACUGUGUUUAUAAUGCAUUAUAAGGGUAUUCUGAAUGUAUUUAAUGCAUACUUAAUGCUUUAUAAACAAUGCGUCGUAUAAUCUGAUGAAUAAUCUUAACUUUUAGUUUAAUUGUUACAAUAAUUGUAGCAUUUUAUAUAUUUUUUUAAUAUAUUGAGAUUGUUUGCUUAAGAUAUAAACAGUAUCGUACUGUAUUUUACAGUAUUCUACUGCUUAAAGUGACACAAAGUUGUCUUUUAAACAUAAUUGUAUAUCAUGCUCAUAAUAUGGGCACAAUUAAUUGCUUGUUAGCUGUUCAUAAGUACUUAUUUGAAAGUUUUACACUUAAUAUGUAUAAGUGGUCUGGUCUGCUUUAAAUAAAGUAAGGAAAGUUGUUGUUUUAAACAGCCGUAAGAUAUCGUGAAGUGGUUUUAAGACUAAAUCAAAAUUGUGAAUACUAUUUUACUCAUUAAAAAUGCACAAUGACAAUAUUUUGCCCUAUUAUAAUGCGAACAUUAUAAUGCAUCAAUAACACUUGUUGAUCUGUUGUUAUGAUUAUUUAUCAGAUGAUACAACAUAUUAUACGGUUGUUUGUAAGGAAUUAUGCAUGUCAUUAUAAUGAAUUAAGAACACCCAUGUAAAAAUGUUCUUUACUCUGAAGUGCAAAUUAAGAACGUGGUUUUUGUGAAGUUGUUCAACAAGACGUAUUUUUAGCAGUAUAACUGAAAUUUUGCAUAACUGAACAAAACAGAACUGAUAUGCUUGAAUUCUGUCAUCCAGAAUUAGCUUUAAUCUAGCUUUUGUACUACAGACAUAAAAUGAUUGCCUUAAAAAAGUACAAACUUUUCCAUGACCUGGGAUCAAACAGUAGAUCCCUUUAUAUUUUUGUCGGAAAAAAAAUGUCUUGCAGUCUAAAAAAAAAGUUGAAUAUGCUUUUCAUAUGUACAUAUUUACUCCCUAAACUUAAUAAAUAUACAGUUGAAGUCAGAAUUAGUAUCC